AUGUUUACUUCGUUCUUCAAAAGGAACAAGUCGAUCCUAAAGAACGCCCUCAUUCUAGUACUGAUAUGUCUUUAUGCCGCCUACCUCAUCGUCGCGUGCAUCAAGGACUUAGAAGCCGCCAUCAUCCUCGUCGCCCUCACCGGCGUCACCGUGGUGAGGUGGAGACCAGUCAUAUGGGGACUUGUUUUGCAGUUUCUGCUAGGAUUCUUCGUUCUCCGUACCUAUGUCGGGUUGAUUAUCUUCGAGUGGCUCAACAACGUCAUCGUACGGUUGUUCGGUUACUCCUCGGCGGGGGCGCUCUUCCUCUUCGGCGAUGACUAUCGGGAGCAUUUCUUCGCAUUCGCUGUACUCCCCAUUGUGUUCUACUUCAGUGCCCUCAUCUCUGUCCUGUACUACUGGGGAGUCAUGCAGGUCUUGAUUCAAAAGAUGGCCUGGCUCAUGCAGAGAACCAUGCAGACCACAGCCAUUGAAUCCAUCAGUGCAGCAGGGAACAUCUUCUUUGGCAUGAGCGAGUCUUCGGUGAUGAUUGCGCCGUACCUGGAUGUAAUGACCAAGUCCGAGCUCCACGCGGUCAUAACUGGUGGUUUGGCCACGGUAGCGGGCGCCACGCUGGGUGGCUACAUCUUCGCGGGGAUCGACCCCUCCCAUCUGAUCGCUGCCUCGGUGAUGUCGGCGCCCGCCGCGCUGGCUAUAUCCAAGCUGGCAUACCCGGAGACAGAGCAGUCGAAACUCAUCACAGAGAGUGAUGUAGAACUUUCGAAAAGAACUGAGCGAAACGUAGUUGAAGCAGCAGCAAAUGGAGCGGCGAUGGGCAUAUCACUUGUCCUCAACAUCGCCGCCAACCUAGUGGCCUUUCUCUCCCUCCUUGCCCUCAUCAACGCACUCCUCGGGUACUUUGGAGGGCUCAUCGGUUAUCCUCGGUUGACCUUUGAGGUCAUGAAACGCAGCCAUCCGACCGAACGCGAUGACCCGGUGAUUCGAAGUGAGCAUCCGUGGUCACUGAUCUAG